GCUAAUACAGUUGGCCUCUUAUAGGUUCAAGUCGUGUACAAAGAAAACAUAUAUAAUUGCGACGAACCCCCUCUAAACUCUCAUAUUUACAAAUCCACCCUUUCAUUGUUGUAGUAUAAAUUGAGCAUCAACGAACGAAGUAGCCCAAUACAAAAGCAUCAAAUCCCAAGCUACUUGACCACAACACCAUUCACCAUGGCUAAUUCCUUCAUUCCCUUCUUCCUCCCUCUACUGUUCAUACUGAUCGCUACCACGAAAGUACUCGAAAACGUUGAAGGCGAACCAGACCUAACUUUCAUCUCAGGUUUCUGCGGCUCAGAGUACGACGCCAGCUCUUUCAGGAAAGGUCAAGCCGCGAGGCUCACAAGCGGCGACAUCGAACAGACAAGCUCACAUUCCCCAUUUUGCAGCGUUACCGCCGACGACGACGGCACGCCCCAAAUGUACGGUAGGGCUACGUGUUUGGACUCCCUUUCUCAGGAGGAUUGCAAGUAUUGUCUUACCUAUUGCCAAGACCAGUUGCUGAAUUACAACAUAUGCAACGAUCUGUACGGCGCCCAGAUCAACGUUGCCAGCUGCUCCCUGAGGUACGAGACCUAUGCAAUGGACGAAUGCACGGCAUGAUGAAUGCGCCUUGAUCGAAGAGAUGCUGCUGAUUAAUUGGUGUCGUUGGAUUUGGAUCGUUCGAAUAAUUCUCUGGACGUCUUUGCUAUGUCCCUUUUCUUUGCAUUUGUAGCUGUGAUUGUGGUUUUCUUUUAUGUGUGUGUGUGUGACGAAGUGUGAAGAAAUAAAAAGUUGUGAAGUUA